GCUCCCCCUGGCCAUUCACAGGCGAUGAGCGGCGCAGAGCAGAGUGGCGCCUCCGCCCCCGCUACCGCCCCCGCCGCCGCCGCCACCUCGCCCACCGGCAGCUGCAGCAGCGGCGGCAGUAGCAGCCGCAUACCCGUGGCGCGCGCCAUGCGCCGCAGCCACUCGAUGCGCCUGCGCGGCGAGCAGCAGCGCGCCUGCUUCCCCAUAGCGGAGACCGAGGCGCCCGUCAGGAACCGCAGCAUGUCGGUGAGCGCGACGAGCACGCCGCGCCUGUCGCGCCGCAACCCGCUGGGCGAACGACGCGCCAACGCCAGCGCCGCCGCCGACGAGUCGGAGGACGACGCGGACUCGGUGCGCAGCUUCGGCAGCGCCUGCUCCUCCAUGUCGUGCGACCACGCCUACUUCGCGCGCAACGGCACCACGUUUUCCGGCCGGCGCAUGCGCUACGUCGUCCACUGCUCGCCGCACACCGACGACACCGAGGAGUACCUCACGCCCACGCAGCGGGCUUCUCGGCAAAUACGCCGUCUCAAGGCGCUGCUGAACGAGACGAGGAAGGACCUGGAGAGCAAGGACCGCGACAUCCUGCGCCUGACCAAGGAGGUGGUGGAGCUGCGGCUGUUCAAGGCGUCGCUGCAGGCGGCCGAGGACGUGGCGAGCGGCGCGCCGCCCCCGUGCGGCGCCGACAGCAGCGACGACGAGCCCGACGUCGCCAACACGGCGUCCGCGUCGGCGUCGCCCGCGCUGCCCACCGGCGCCGCCUGCGGGGACGCCAAAGGGGGUGCGGGGGCGGCCGAGGCGGAGGCCGAGGAGGAGGCGGACAAGGCGGAGCUGCCCGGCUCGCUGGCCGACUCGGGCCACUUCGAGGACGUGGGCUCGUCGUCCGGCUUCUCGCUGGGCCGCUCGCCCGCCAAGCUGGACGACCGCGAGGGCGAGCGCACGCGCAUCGUCAACAUGUACGAGCGCCGCCUGGCCGAGCUGCGCCGCGCGCACGUCGACGACGUGCAGGACAUCAAGCAGCGCCACAACGACAAGGUCGAGGACCUGCUGCAGCGCCUCUCCGACACCAACUCCAGGUAUUGUGAACUACGAACUGAAUAUGAUAAAGCGCAGGAUAAGAUCAGAGAACUGGAGAGGGAAACAGAGAGCCUGCGCAAAAGCAUGGAGGAGCAUGAAGAGAGGAAUAAAAAUAUGUAUUUGAAAAUGUACAUGAAGGGACAAGAGGCUGCCAAGUUUGAGCAUGCAGAUCAGGUACUGGAGUUUGCACAUAAGGCACCAAAUAGGGUGUCAGUUCCAGAAUUAUUAAAACAGUUGCAGACAACAGAAAAUGAGCUGGAACAUAUCAAGGAAGUGGAUCAGCAACAAACAAGCAAUUCAAAGAUACCUUUGCUAAGUGCAAAGGAGGCUGUUACACUGUGGCUACUUGGCACUCGUAAGGCUUUGUAUCGACGCCUUGUGGAGGCGCAUGCAAGUAAAGGUGAAAUGGAUCCAGCAAUGACUCUUCAGUUUUUGAAGUCUGCUGUCUACUACUUCCUCACAGACAGGGAAAAUCAUCAAGGUCAUCUUAAUGCGAUUAAAAGCAUUUUAGGUUAUACUGAGUCAGAAAAAAGUAAUAUUGAGAGAGCUUAUAAAGCUUAUUUGAGGAAAUAAGACUUAUUUAAACAAGUUGUGUACUGUAGUAAUUAUUUUGGAAUGAAUCUGUAUAUUUUGCUUUGGUUGUUCUCCAGAAAGAAGUGUAUAUAUAGGAGAAACUUUUUAGAUCUAUAUGUAUCCUGUGUAAAAUGCAUCAAAUGAUAUGAAUAAUAUAUUACAAUAAAAUGUUUUAGUAUAAUUCAUUGUAUUAACAGUAUGUGGACUAUGAAUAAGGACUUUAAAGACUAUUCCCCACUGUAGAGGCAUGCAAACAUUUUUCUUUCUUUUUUUAGAGUGAAUGUAAAACAUUCAACACAUUUAGUCAUAAAAAAAUGAAUAUGCACUAGAGUAUUGAUAAGAACAGUAAUGAAACAUGUGGUCACAAAGAAUAUCAAAAUGUAUUUACAUUAUGGACAUACAAUUUACAGUUAGCUGAAUAUGACAAAUUUACAUCUCUUUACAAAAGGUCAGUCAUACAGAUAAUACAGGAACUUUCACAAGACAUCUAAUGAACAGUAUAACAUGCUGCCCGCAGCAUUAGAGUAAUAUUUGCAUACCCUAAAACGGUUUCUCGCAGACUGUCAAUUUCAGUCAAUAUUUUGGCAUAUUGUUUCAGAAACAGGUGCAUUCAAUGAACAAUGUAAAUCACUUCACUUUACUAGACUAGCACUGUUAUGGAAUGAAUACACGGUAGUCCAUUUACUAAAACACAUUGCAGUUUUACUUUAAACAAUGGUAAUGCAUGUCAACAUAAAAUGUUCUUUGACAAACAUACUUUAAUUUAGUUUUCAGUAUUGUCUACCAGGACUUAGUGGCAAGUAUGCCUGCUCUACAACUUGUGUGUUCACUUCAUACACAGCAGGAGCCAUAUGGUCAAAACAUAUGCAACAACAAUCUCUCAUGCUUCACUCAGAUGGAAAAUUAAAUAUGAAACAAAGUUUGCUUAAUCCACUACAAAUAAACUGCCUUGUUUCAACCCUUCUACAUGAACAAGAACAUAACAAAAGUUCAAACUAAGUGCAGGCCAGCAAACAUACAAUUUUUACCUGACUGUAAAUAAGUAACAAAGAAAGGGUUUGACUUUUACACUGAGAAUAUUUUGAGUUGUAUUAUACUGACAUAAAUAUUUAAACCAAAUGCACAUUUUGACAAAAUCACAAAAAUAAAACAUAAUUACAGAAUAGUUUUGUUUACAUGAAGUAUUUAGAAUGUUGAUACUGCAUUGGCAUGAUCCUCCUAUAACUGUAGAUCAUACUAUUUUGUCCAGAGUCAAGUGUGUUCAAUAACUUGAGCAAAGAAUUUGAUCCACAGAUUAUUUCAAUUUGAAGACCAACUGUCAUGUAUUGCUACAUGCUUAGAAAGUAAUCUAGUGGCUUUAAAGUGGCAACCACUUGUUAAAUUUUUGAAAUCUUAUAAGAAACUGACAUAGUUACUUUGCAUACACAAUAUGCAAUGUCCCUGACUUGCAGGUUGCCACAAAAUAAUGGGGAUGG